AUGACGACAACAUCGGUGACGAUCGUUGAUGAUAGUGGUGGUUCUUCGUCGCUUGCUGAUGGUUGUAGAUCUGAAACAGAAAAUCAAAGAUCUAGUGGGGAUAUUUUUAGAUCUGAAGCUGAAAAUUUAGAUUUGGAAUCGGUCGGUGCAUGCAGAUAUGAUCGGAAUAGUUCACCGGAGAUAGGAGGCGGCGACGACGGUGGUGCGACUACGACAUGUCGGCGGUACGUCGGUGGUGUGGUGAUGGUAGCUGGUGUAAGGUUGGAGUGUUCUUGA